AUGGCGGCGCACGAACGCGCGUGCGGCCCUGUGCCGGCCGCAGCGGGCUGGCGCUUUCUGUCGCCGGUGCUCGCUGUGGGCCGGCAUCGGCACCGAGUACCGGAGCUCGACAGCCUGGACAAGCUGUACCGCCGCGGCAGACAACAAGCGCCGCCCGCAGCCCCGGCCGUGUCGAGGUGGGACCGCGCCCACCGGGACGGGCGGGAUUCCCGGGACCCCCCGAAUCCCCCGGGAUCCCCCCGACACCGCCCCCGCCGUGUUUUCCAGGAGCAGCCGCCCACCCUCGACAUCCCCAUGGCUCGCCUGACCGUGACCUACAGUCGGAGCAGUGGCCCCGGCGGGCAGAGCGUUAAUAAAGUGAAUUCCAAGGCAGAAGUUCGGUUCCACCUGGAGUCGGCAGACUGGAUUCCUGAGGCUGUGAGACAAAAAAUGGCACUGAUGCACAGGAAUAAGAUAAACCGGCAUGGGGAGCUGAUUGUGACCUCAGAAGAGAGUCGCUACCAAAUGAGGAACCUGGCGAUCUGUUUGGAAAAAAUCCGAACCAUGGUCACGGAGGCCACGGAGAAACCCAAGGUGGUGUCUAAGGAGACAACACAGCAACUCAUAGAGAGGGUGGAAAAAAUGAACCGCGAGCGACUACGACAGAAAAGGAUACACUCAAACAUAAAACAGAGCAGGAAGGCGGAUUUUGACUGAGAACAGCAGAGAUCCAAGUCCUUGGCAUUCCAUCUUCCUAAAUAAGUGGCACUGGCAGCUGUAGAUGAUGCUAAACUCAUGAGCUAUAUUGAAUAAAAAUGGUCUAAAAGUGUAAAUAAAAAUAUUUAACAUCUUUUGAGCCCAGCGA